AUGAAAGACUCUGACUACGCGACCAAACCGGUCUUCGUGAAAAACUUCAUGGAUGGUUUCAAGGCGGCUUUGAAGAACGGCCCGCACGCGUUCAUCACGGACUUCUCCAAGUGUGACUUUACGAAGAUGUACAUGCACUUCUUGGCGAUCAGAGAGAAGAAGAAGGAGAUGACGAGCGAAGAGAAGAAACGCAUCAAGGCGCAAAAAGAUAUCGAUGAGGAACCUUACACGUGGGCCACUAUCGACGGUCGCCGCGAAAAGGUUGGUAACUUCCGCGUCGAACCGCCUGGCUUGUUCCGCGGGCGCGGCGAGCACCCGAAGAUGGGGAAAAUCAAGCGUCGCGUCGUGCCGGAAGACAUCACCAUCAAUAUAGGAAAAGAUGCUAAGGUUCCCGAACCUCCGGCUGGACACUCGUGGAAAGCGGUGAUUCAUAACGACACCGCCACGUGGUUGGCGGGAUGGAACGAUGUCAUCAACGUGAAGGACUGGAAAUACGUCCAAUUCGGCGCCACAUCUACGGUCAAGGCAGAGAGCGAUCAAAAGAAGUACGAAAAGGCUCGCUCGUUGCAUAAGUAUAUCGAAAAGAUCCGGAAGGAUUACAAGAGAAACAUGAUGAGUGAAUCCAAGGAAAUGGCUCAGUUAGCGGUGGCGACUUACUUGGUGGAUAAACUCGCCCUUCGUGCUGGUGGCGAGAAGGAUGAAGAUCUCGCCGACACCGUCGGCGUGUGUACCUUGCGCGCCGGUCACAUCAAGUUUAUGGAUGAUAACGUCAUCGAGUUUGAUUUCUUGGGUAAGGACUCCAUCCAAUAUCUUCAACAACACAAGAUCGAUGAGGUUGCAUACAAGUGCUUGCAACGGUUCGUUCAGGGCAAGGGUCCGGAUGUGGACAUCUUCGACCACGUCGACCCGCAAAAAGUAAACGCGCAUCUUCAAACUCUCAUGCCCGGUCUCACGAUCAAGGUGUUCCGUACGUACAACGCCUCUAUUACUUUGGAUCGUUUGCUGAAAGACACGAAAAAGAAUGAUACGACGCUUCAAAAGAAAGCAACUUACGACGCGGCGAACAAGGAGGUGGCGAUUUUGUGUAAUCACCAGAAGGGUGUGAGCAAAGCGCACGACGCGCAAAUGGAAAAACUCGCGGAAAAGAAGAAGGAUCUCGCGAAGCAGGUGGCCGAGAUGAAAAAGAAGACGGACGAUAAGAAUCAAAAGAAGAAGCUCGCGGCGCUGAAAGAAAGGCAAAGCAAGUUGGCGAUUCAAAUGAACAUGAAGGAAGAAUUGAAAACGGUGUCGCUCGGCACGUCGAAAAUCAACUACCUCGAUCCCAGAAUCACGCUCUCUUGGUGCAAACGUCACGAAGUGCCGCCAAACGUGGUAUUUACCAAGGCGUUGAUAGAUAAGUUCCAUUGGGCGAUGGAUUGUGAGAUGGAGUUCAGUUUCGUUCAAGAAGACGCCGUCGAAGUCAAGCCGGCCGAAUAA